GGCCCACCAUUGUUCAGACAGAGGGAUAAGCAGGGUGUUCACAGCUCUGGGCCCAGUCUCUAGGAGAGCCCAGACAUGGGCCGGAGGGCCAAGAAAACGUCCAGGCGUAAAGCCAAGGCUGCUGCGGCCUCAGCAUCCAAAACCGCAAAGCUGAGGAAGAGAGAGUCCAAGGUUUUUAGAACGCACAAGAAGUGUUGUCCUUACUGUUGUCGGAGAAGUCCUAGUAAGUUCUUCCAGCUGACGAAGAAGGGGGAGCGAUCCCUUUUAAGAAGAAUUCGAGCAGAAGCCAAGAGAUAUCACCCAGAGCUGACUGAACCGACUGAACCGACCGCGGCACUGCUCCUUCAUGAGCAAAUGGAUGACAGUGCUCAAGUGUCAACACCAGAGCCAGUUCCACCGUGCUCCGGCAGCGAGUCGGCUUGUAAUAGAGACGUGGCCACCAGUGAACUCGUUCCUAAUGAAGAAAUGAACACCAGUGAACCAGUUCCCAAUGAAGACGAGACCAACAGUGAGCUGGUUCGUAAUGCGGACCUGGCCAGUGGUGAGGGGGUUCCUGACGGAGAACUCGCUAGCAGUGAGCCUGUUCCUAAGGGAGACAUGGGCAGCUCCAAAGACCUAAGGAACAUCACUGAACCGGGGUCUAGGAGCUGAGGCACAGUUACAUUGUCAAUGCUGUAACUCACCUUACAGUACUUUGUACAAUGAUGAAAAUAAAAUCAAUCGGAUUUG